GUUCGUCAAAUUUAUCGUCCGACUCCACAACAAGCUCGUACUACGUUUUCUACGCAAACACUCGGCCGCGCGCGCCGUAACCGCAACGAUUUCCGCGAUCCGCAAACGGUACGCUCGCACGUCGGGCCCGGCACGCAUCUUAGGUUGCGCCUAGGUUAGGCUGACGCCUCACGCCCGCAACGGCACGGUUUCGCGUCCGGUUCCAUUGGUCGUCGUCGUCGGACGCAUGCACCGCGACGGCCGGGACGACGUCACCGCGGUGACGGGAAACGGUGACCCCGCGACGACCGCCGGCGACCGGUACCGAAUCACGUGCGUCACACCGUUGGACGCCGGCACGUUCGGCACCGUUUACCGGGCCGUGUUGCUCGGCCGCGGCUCGAGACGCCCGGUGGCCGUCAAACAGACCCGGUUGCCGUACGGCCGCGGAGGCCGCAACGAACUGGACGUGCACACGCGGCUGCGGCACCCGAACGUCGUCCGACUGCUGUUCUACUUUUAUUCCGGAAACGGAACGUUCGACAGACGACUGAACCUGGUCAUGGAACUGAUGCCGACCAACUUGGACCGGGUGAUCCGGCGUUACGCUUCGGUCGGCCGCACGGUGAGCGUCAGCCAGGGCAAGCUGUACGCUUACCAGAUGUUCAGGGGCCUGGGCUACAUGCACGGGACCGCGGGGCUGUGCCACCGGGACGUGAAGCCGCGCAACAUGUUGCUGUGCCCGUGGACGGACGCGCUGAAGCUGUGCGACUUCGGCUCCGCCAAGGACCUGACGGACGGCCGGCCCAACUCGCGUUACGUGUGUUCCCGACGGUACCGGGCCCCGGAACUGUUGUUCGCGACCGCGACGCACUACACGACCGCGGUGGACGUGUGGAGCGCCGGGUGCGUGUACGCCGAGCUGAUGACCGGCGCGCCCGCGUUCCCGGGCGUCAGCGCGUCCCAUCAACGCGCGUUGGUCCGCCGUCCACCCGCGCUCCGGUCGGCAGCGGCGCCGCGCGAUUCGGUCCGCCUGGUGAUGGCCGCGCUCCGGCUGGACCCGCGUUCCAGGCCGACGGCGCUGCAGGCGUGCGCUCACGAGUGCUUCGACGUGCUCAGGUCACCCGGUCGGUUCGACGGCCACGAUCAACUGUCAAGUUUAAUAGUUUUACAAAGAGCUUUAAAAAAUAAAAAUUAG